AUGCCGGUAAAUAUCAGAAGAGCUACGAUUGAAGAUAUCAUUUGCAUGCAGAAUGCAAAUUUGCAUAACCUUCCUGAAAACUACAUGUUGAAAUAUUACAUGUACCACAUCCUAUCAUGGCCAGAAGCAUCAAUUGUAGCUACCACAACAGAUGAUUUUCAUAGCGAGCUGGAUAAUUUGGUCGAAGACGGCUAUGAUUUGCAAAGACCUGUGGAUGGCCCCCGCGUGAAACUGGAUCCAACCUAUGUGGCCAAUGGCGAAAAGCUAGUUGGCUACGUCCUAGCCAAGAUGAACGAUGAUCCCGAAUCACAGUCCGAGCCUCCAAAUGGCCACAUCACCUCCCUCAGUGUAAUGAGAACCUAUCGAAGGAUGGGCAUCGCAGAGAAACUUAUGAGACAAGCUCUCUUUGGUCUUCGCGAAGUGUAUAAGGCAGAGUACGUCAUGCUCCAUGUGAGACAAUCAAACAGAGCUGCAUUACACCUGUACCGAGAUACACUACAGUUUGAUGUGCUAUCUAUCGAACAAGGUUAUUACCAAGAUGGCGAAGAUGCAUAUGCCAUGAAGAAAGUGCUUGUCCUCGACGACCUUCUACCUAGUAAGUUUCAAAAAGCCGAGGUAGAAGACAACCUCACCUCAGAUCUCUUAGAGGAUAUCCUCCAAGAGGGCCUCGAAAACGUCAUAGUCUGA